GGCGGCGCGGCGGGUUUUGGGGAGUUUUGCUUCCGCUCUCGCGUGCUCGGUGUGUUGUGCUGUGUCCAAUUCUGGGCUCUUCUGAACAGAAGAGACAUGGCUCUCCUCGAGCGGGUCCAGAGGAGGGCAAGAGGCUCUGCUGUGCUGGCCCUGCUCCUGGCCAGCUACCUGGCGCAGCAGUACCUGCCCAUGCCCACCCCCCGCGUGAUCGGGAUCGACCUGGGCACCACCUACUGCUCCGUGGGCGUGUUCCUGCCCGGCAGCGGGGCUGUGGAGGUCAUCGCGGACGGGCACGGGCACAGCAGCAUCCCCAGCGUGGUCUCCUUCACGGACACCGGGGCGCACGUGGGGUACGAAGGGCUGGAGCUGGCCGAUGCCAAUCCUCAGAACACCAUCUACGACGCCAAGAGAUUCAUUGGGAAAGUCUUCACUGCGGAAGAACUGCAAAGCGAAAGCAGCAGGUAUCCCUUUAAGAUUGUCAACAAGAAUGGAUUAGCUGAAUUUUCUGUGACAACUAAUGAAACCUUUCACAUCACUCCAGAGGGCAUUGGCUCUAAGCUGCUGCUGAAACUGAAGCAAAUGGCAGAAGCCAACCUUGGCACGUCCAUUUCCAAGGCAGUCAUCUCCGUGCCAGCAGAGUUUGAUGAAAGGCAGCGGAAUUCUACCAUUAAGGCAGCUAACCUUGCAGGGCUCAACGUUUUGCGAGUAAUCAACGAGCCCACAGCUGCUGCUAUGGCUUAUGGGCUGCACAAAGCUGAUGUGUUUAACGUUCUGGUGGUGGAUUUGGGUGGAGGAACUUUGGACGUGUCUCUGUUGAACAAGAUGGGAGGGAUGUUCAUCACACGAGCCAUGGCAGGUAACAACAAACUCGGAGGACAGGAUUUCAAUCAGAGGUUGAUGGUGUAUUUAUAUGAUCAGCUCCGUCAAACGUACGGUUCUCUGCCAGCACAGAAAGAGGACAUUCACCGCCUCAGACAGGCCGUGGAAGCUGUUAAAUUAAACCUGACUGUCCACGAGGCAGCCACACUGAGGGUGCUGUUGACUCUGCCAGCAAACGAGCUUACAAGAGAACUUGCAAAAAGCCAGGUAAAAACAAGCAGUGCACUAAAGGGUGAGGCCUCACAAAACACAAAAGGCCUGAAAAAUCCUGGAGACACUUCCAAAGCAGAGGAUAACUUUGUGGAAGUUGUGUUUGAAACAGAAAUCUCUCGGAAGCUGUUUGAGAUGUUAAAUGCAGAUCUUUUUGAGAAGAUUCUUGUGCCCAUUGAACAGGUGCUGCAGGAAGGGCACCUGCACAAAGCAGAAGUGGAUGAAAUUGUCUUAGUUGGAGGCUCCACACGGAUUCCCAAAAUACGUGAAGUUAUUCGGGACUUCUUUGGAAAGGAACCCAACACCUCGGUGGAUCCCGACCUGGCAGUUGUGACGGGCGUAGCCAUCCAAGCAGGAAUUCUUGCUGGGUCCUGGCCCCUCCAAGUCAGUGCUAUAGAAAUCCCUAACAAACAUUUACGGAAGACUAAUUUUAACUGAAAAGAAACUCUUCUCAAUUGCAUUCCAGCUCUCCAAAAGGAUCCAUACUUAUCUGACUGGGAAUGGAACCUAAUCUUAGCUUCAUUCUGUUCAAUUUUCACCUGUUCCAAUUAGGUGUUACUGGACACCUACCUGUGCUAAAGCUUGAUGUUACUUUAAAGGUACAAACGAGUUCUGAAGUGUGCUGUGUUUACUUGGAGAGGGAUAUUGGAUGAAAAUGCCAGUGAUGACACACACACAUUUUCUUGCUAAAUUUUAUUAGCAAAUCCUGGAACAGUGUGUAUUUAAAGUAUCAAGGGAGUGUGACCAAAGGUUUGAGAUGAUGUGGUACUGAGGUAUUCCUGGGUCCGUGCAUUUACUUGGAAAGACUGUGAAGCAGUGUUAAUGCACAGAGCACUGGCAGUGUUCAGCUCACACUUAUUUAUUAUAUUGAGCCAUUUGAGCAUUUAAGCACCUUUCCUAAAGGCAUCUUGCAGCUUAAAUGAGACUGAGGCAUUCACUUGAUUCUUCUGCUGUUCAUAACAGCAUAAUGGUAUGCUGAGGCUCCGUGGCAAAUUGUCCCAUGAUUAGGAAACCUUAUGGAAAAUGUAACUCUUGCCAGUGCAGUUUGUUGGUCUCCAAGGGCCUCAUUGCUGACCUGGCUGUGAUGGUUAAACACAGGUGCUGCUGUUUUACCACUGAUGUUCUCUACAGAGAACGAGGGUAUAUUGCCAAAUAUUCAUACCUGCCCCUGCCUUAUUCUAAAACUACAGUGAUUUUAUGUAUCUUGAAGCCACACCUGCCUGUCUUCCCUUGAAUUUGACCAACAAGAAUUUCAUCAUUCUGCAUCUACAAGUGUGUGACAUCCUCUCCCUGAAGUACCCCAAGCCAUACUGUCCUCAUGGAGAAAGUGUGAGACAGAAGGGAUGGCCUGGAUGAAAUGUAAUUCCUGUAGCCCUAGUAAAUGAAAAUUGACCCAACUACUUUGUGCUUUUUAGCUCUUAUGUGGUUUUAAGUUUUUUUAUAUUCCUGCUCUAAACUGAACAGAGAUUGUAGCUGUCCUGUUGGGAAAGAAACAGUGUUGUGUGCAACUUGGGGUUUGAGGUGGCACUUCUUAGGACUCUUUUAGGCAAAUAGAUCACUAUCCAGAUACCUUGAAAAUGUGUUGUGAGGAGAACAAAGUUACUGAUCUGAAAAAAAACCGAAUUGGUGACAGUUCUCUCUUUGGAGGGAUUAAGCAAUAAUCAAGCACCAGCUGAAUUCUGUUAUCUGCUUGAAGCUUCCUACCAAAAAAACAUGUCAUUCAGCUGAGACUGGUUUCAACAUCCAUCAGCCCAGUCUUCAUCAAGUAAGCUCUAGUAACAGGUGGUUUUAAGGAUUUUCUUGUCUUCUCCAGAAUAAUUUUGUAUUAACCUUGCUAAGAUAAAGUAUAGGCCUUAGAUUUAUUGUUUUAACCUAUGACUAUAUUAAAAUAGGCUUAUUGCUCUUCUGGCAGGAAGCCUGAUUUAUGGCACCAUAAAUCAAUUGUGCUGAUUCAGCUGUUUGCAUAGCUAUUGUCUAAAUGCAUCUUUGAAGUAAUCCAAUUAAAAACCUCUUAAAUUGAAUCAUAGUUGCACACAGACGUUCCGUCAGCAUUGUUUAACUUGACAGAGGAUUCCCAAAGUACUGCUGACAUCUGCUUAAUUUUCCUGCAUUGAAAACGAGGAAUUUUUUUAAUUUGAGGAUUCUUUCUUUCCUUUGUGCCUCUUUGAAAGUGACCCCAACUAAAUCUGUAUGGAGCUUCCAGUAAGUAAAACUCCUGCAGUGAAAGAAGUGCCUCUUCAGUGACACCAUGGAUAAAUGCAGUACAGUCCUCAGUUGCUGCUGGGGGCCUUUGCUUUGCAGACAUAAAUGUGUGUGCAUAAAAGAGCUGCACCAACUCUUUACAGAGUCAUUGUGGCCUUUCCUUCUGCCCUGCUCUAAGUUCAUCUCAAAAUCCACUGGAGUUACAGUAGGACUUUGGUCUUCAUGUCUUUAAUGCACUGUGUAAAACAAGCAGACCUAUCUAGAAACAGAACCACAUCACAGAGAAGCUAAACUAUUAAAAGCUUUUGCAGUUUUGGGACAAGUUAGGUAGGAGCUGUUAAAACUCUCAAAGCAAAUAAAUGAAGUACUUUUUUCUUUCACAUCCUCCUUCACCCUGGGGGAGUUGAAUCUCCUUCAAUGUUAAUCUGGGAACUGAAAGGGAAGGGCACGUUGUUUACUUGUAAAAACUAAACCUACAAAAGGGUAUUUAUUCAGAGGUCUAUACAGGUUGGAUUUUUUAGCAGAGAAGUUACUAUACACUGGAUAUCACAAUGCAUCCUUAUUUAUUAUUUUUUCUGAAUUAUUUAUUUUGUAUAUUUUAAUACUGUAUUUUGGCACAAACAAAUUUUAAAGAUGAGUCUACUGCAGUAAGUGGAUAUUUCCAGGUAUGCACAUGAGCUGCUUACCAAAAAUCUUUCUGUAAAAAAGUUGAUACUUGAAGGCUGAAAUCUUUCUGUAAUCCUUACGAUUGCCUGUGGUGGUAGGUGUGUAACCAAUUUCUCUAGCUAAGGUUUGUUUGGUGAGUUGAAAUUCCUAAAGCAUCAAGAGGCCUCAACAAUUGUGUGUUCCCUAAUUGUAUCCCAGUGCAGAUGAUGAAAUGCAUUUUAUAAAUAACCUUUUAGAUUUUUUUAAUAAAAGCAAUUUCUAUCCCUUG